AAAUUUUCUUUCCUUUUUCACUCUCUGUGAUUUGUGAGCGUAAAGCAAGAUGACGAAGCGAGUGUUGGUAGGCGGUCCACUGCUUGGGGAAAAGGGAUCCUCUUCUACUAUUAAUAGGCGAGCCUGUUUAUUCGAGCCUUUGAUCACACCUCUCAUCUCAGCAUCUGCCAACGACAACAACACCAGUAAGGGAGAACAAUUCAUUCUGCUCCCACACAGUCGCUACCUGCAGGUACUUGCAUUGGAGACGGGAAAUCAUGUGGCCAACCUCAUUCCUUUUAAUGAAUCAUCAUCAUCAUCAUCCGAGGAAAGUUUAAUUGAAAGUGUUUGUUUGGCGACCUAUCCCACCAAACCUCAAAAUGCUUUGGACAUUCUGGGACAAUUGAGUGGGCAACAAGACAAGGAUGACAGCAGCAACAACAAGACCAACAAGAAAGAGCACUCGAGACAAGCCAACAUUGUAGAUCACGUUGUAUUGGUGGGAUGCAGCGAUGGAACGCUCCGUGAAUUCUCACUGGUACAAUUGCUGGCAAGUUCCUUUGACGGAAAAGAGUCGGAACGCGACGACAAUCCAAUUCCAGGCAACAAACAGUGCGGACCUUGGUCACUCGAGGGACCCUGCUUUCAACCCAGAAGAGUCUUUCAGCUAGCCAAGAGUUCCAUCCACGUAUUGCAUCUCGUGGCACCAGCUGGUGUGGCACGGACGGAUCAUGGACUCCUCCUUUAUGCAAUCACUCAAACGCCGACAAAAUCAAAAGACGCAAAAAAGAAACAGACCGUCUCCUUGGUGCGACUCUUACUCCCGCCCUUUUACGACGAAUCUAUCGUGGAGACCAAGAGAAAAAAUCAACUCCAGCUAUGGAAUGAAGCAGACAACAAUAAUAUCAAGUUCUCUACUACCAAUAGAAUCCAAACCAUUCACAAGAUUGCCUGCAAAGAAGAACAAAAAGACGAUGGCACUGCAGACGACAAUGCCCCAAUCCGCAUGGAAGCCGUCGUCAGAGACAGAACACAGAGCUUCUUCAGCCCUGGGGCGAUACGGGAACAAAUUGUAUUCUUGGUGGUGGCGAAACCCACUGUCGUGCAAGUCUAUUGCGAGAGACUCUCGGAUAUCGGACAACAACAACAACAGGCAAAGCCGUUUCCUCCGGUUUCCUUCGAAAUGAAUCAGCGAUUGUGCUCCAUGGCGGUCUCCACCAACAAGAGUGACAUUGCCUGCGGAUUUGUUCAGGGACAUAUCGUAGUCAACUCUAAUCUACUCGCUCAAGUGGAAGAAUAUCACUUGGCCAUAGAACGCUUUCAGAAUCAUCAUCAAGCCACCAAAGCGACUACAACAACAACAAAAGACGGAGCCAAAAACAACGCUGCUGGAAUCACAAAGCCCGAACACCCUUCUCACAAGGUCAUCAACGUCAAAAUACACUGGCAUGCCCAUCCCGUCACAGCACUCCGAUAUGAUCCCAACAGCUCUCCGACGGACCCUAUCUUGUACAGUGGAGGAGAAGAAAGUGUUCUGGUCACAUGGCAACUAUCGAGAGGACUACAUCGGCCUUCGGAUCAUUUGCCACGGAUUGCCUGGCGGGGGAUUAGGCACAUUGUAUGCACCAAGCGUAUCGACGGGGCUCCUAAUACCAACGACAACUUUCUGCUCUAUUGCGACGACAAUACAUUGCAGCUGUUCGAAUCACACAACAAAGUACUGCUAUGGAAGGCCAGAGGUCUGGCGUUGAAACCAGAACAGGUGCGAGCCAAAAUGCACCCGACCAUUGCAAACGAUCCAGAAAAGACGCUGGGCUCGGCGUCGCAGCUGGUGUUGCACGGCCUGCCAGAUGCACCUGGGUUGGUUCAAUGGUACGAUACCAAGCAACAACGAGUUACAGGGCAGCUGGUGGUUGCACCUUUCAACCGGGUCAGUGGAAUGGACCGAAACUCCAAGGGUCUCAUGCCAGAACCAUCGGUAACACAUUUGGCAAUGAGCUUGACGGCCAAUGAUCUAAUCACGAUCGACAAUGUGCCCACAGAAAACGAAUACGUUGGUGCUGUCAAUGGAAAGUUUGGGGUGGUGCCAACUGUAAAGUUCUGGGCUUGGACACCACCGUCACAACAAGCGACACGGAAGAGUGAUGUUGCCAGCAAACCAUAUCAGUUAGUCGCGGCAAUGGCUCACCCCCACGGAACUGGAAACCUUGUAAGCGCUGCUACCAUGGCCAGCAGUGGACAGUAUGCUUGCACAGUCAGCAACGAUGAGAAGGCCUUUCGAAUUUGGAACAAGGCAAGAGAUGCAGACAGUGAAAACGCACCGGGUGCUCGUCGCUUGCCGGUUUGGGUGUGUCAUUGCAAGGUCACAACACCUUCUGGUUUCUCCAACCACCCUACAGGCGAGAACGCAGUUGCUUUUUCCUCAGACGGUUCCAUCCUGGCGAUUGCCUUUGGGCACAUGAUCACUAUUUGGGAUCGCGCCAAUGUGACCCUCCUCACGUGUCUAAGCCAUUUAGGGGGAGAAGAUGCAAUCGAUUCUAUUGAGUUUAUCAAGAACGACAUGAUCAUGUGCAAGUCGUCGCAAGGCGUGAGCAUCCAAUCUCUCUUCCAAGCAGCUGAACUUGCUGCUGACCUUAGUUGGGGUUUUACGGUGAAGAACUUGACUCCGCCUGCCACGGUGUCCUGUGCCCAUUAUGUUGCCAAUGAUGACAAAGUUGCCAUCGCUGUCUACUUUGCGCAGGAAGACUACAGCAGACUUGUUGUGAUGGAUACAAUGACUGCAGAGCCAGCGAAGGACCACCAGGGCGGAAAUCUUCCUGGUGCUGUUGUCUCCUUGGGUCAAUCCGGUCCUGCAACAGCCAAGUCUAACUGGUACGACGAGGAAAACAAUGACUUCGUGGAAACUGAUCCUUGUCCUCUGGUCCUGUGUGCCUUGACCAACAAAGGGGAAAUGUUCGCUCUCGAACCUGGUCAUGGAAGACAGGCCAACGCGACCAAGUCUCACGGCGUGAGUUCCGACAUGAAGGCUAUUCCAACGCUUCCAAUGAACCGAAGCGAAACUGAGCAACAGCAACCUAGGAAGAGGCGUCGUCGUGCAGCGAACCCAAUAAUGUGGGUUGAUUCUGGCAGUGUGUUAGACAAGAAAUUUGCUGUUGCCACCUACGGAAGCAUGGUGGAUGAGAAUGGCAGCGCGACGCCACUUCAAACUUCAGAGCUGCCUUCGUUGAGCGGCGGAUUCACACGGGCCUUCAUUGGCCGACAUUUGUCAAGAGACAUCGAAAGUUCUAGGUGACAAUAUCAGCUACACGCUGCUAGAUAAUAGCACAGGAAGUGCCAGAAGAAAGUUAAAACUUUUUUGCAGCGUUUGUUUGCAUCGCUUCAACAACCAGUUACUGUAGUAUCUUUUUAUAUAAAAUUAACAUUUUGUACCUGCGCC